CACUGACGGACCAUUGUGUCGGAGCUAGCUAAUCAGGAUAGAAGUGUAGACCAUUUCCAGGUUGCUUGUAAAUAAGGAAAAUUUCAUCUGCAUCUGUAUCUUCCAGCAAUCUACUGAAAUUUAGCAAGCGGUUUUAAUCAAAUGUUUCCUGCUUCAACGGAACUAUCCUAUCAACGAUUUGUUAUUACCUGCUAAUGGAAUUAACUUUCAUCAGCUCCUCCAACAUGAAGAACGACUGCAGUUAGAUGAGGGUUUGAACAGUGCCUCAGCAAACAGCAGGACUCAGAUUGAAGUAUUCUGCUACAUGAAACGCCUGUUAUGAUUUUACAGUAUAACGUUAUUUACUGACUUUCUGGUGAAUUCUCAAGCACCAAAUAAUUAACUCAUCCUUAUUAAAAUUAGGUGCAUUUUUUAGCAUUCUAUUCCAAAAACCAGAGAAAACUGAAAUGCAAUGAAUAUGUUAUCAAACUGUGAUUUAUUUCUAUGAUGGUGUAGUUGUUUCAAUUAAACAAAUGGACUAAAUUUGUUCCAUUACGCAUGGGUUUUCAAAUGCAAAUAGUGAUGCCUGUCUAGUAAAUUGCCAAUGCCGAAGAAAUUAUUCAAACUCCCUUGACAAUAUAAGCUGGUAGGCAAUACUGCUGACAUUUACUUGUGCCGUUAAGGACGUUAAUUGUUUGCUGACUAACGAGGAAUAUUACUAAUUGAUGCAAGAUAGAGCUUUCUGCAGACUGCAUUGAUUACUUUUAAUUAUAUAUCAAGGGUGAUGGAAAUGCACUGCAACAGAUGUCAGCCAAUAUAUUUGCAAGACAUAUAGAAGCUUAAAUUGAAAAAAACCAAAACCAAGGCAGCAUUAACAAUGUAUAAAUUACAAAAAGAUUUUUUUGUUUUUCUAAUCAUACUCAUGGUGUCGCUAAGCACAGUUGAAAGCACGGCUAGUUUCCUUAAGGAGCCAUCUGAUCAAACAGCAUUGAAAGGAACAGAUGCAUCAUUUACUUGUACUAUUGAAAAUCUCGAGCCUGGCUACAUUGUUCAGUGGAUUCAAUCAGGAAUAGUUGUACUCUCGCAAAAUGAAAAUGUAAGUGUAACUGUAGAUCCAAAACAUUUUCAAAUUGAUGCAAAUCGUGACAGAGGCGAGUACAAUUUGACGAUUAAAUCUGUCACGCUUACCGAUGAUAAUCAAUAUAGUUGUGCUGUGUUUGAAAACGAGGGUGCAUUCGAACCUAUUAUUUCAUCAAAGAAUGUUAGACUUACAGUAAAUUAUUUGCCAGAUGAAAGCUAUCCUGAAUGUUCUGAAACACAGGGGAAUGGAAUAUACAAGGAAGGUGAUUAUAUUGAGCUUUGCUGUGAAUCGGAACGUGCGUCCCCUCCCGUCACACUUCAAUGGACAACAAAUGAUAAGGUUAUACGCCAAGAUAUUCGUAUUGAUGACAGUGAAAAUGGGAUUCGCAAAAUAAUAUACAAGUUUCAAGCAACUGCUGCACAUAAUGGGAUGAGCUUUAGCUGUAAACUAACCUCCUCCGCGGAUUCAACUUACAAGCGCAAUUGUUCGACUGGACCAAUCGCAAUAACAUACAAACCACAGGUUUUAAUACCAAGUUAUGAAAAUGCUGUAGCACCAGGGCAAGAGAUCUUAUUCUUCUGCAAGUCAACAGCCAAUCCUGUGGCAACAGCAUUCCGGUGGGAAUUAGAACCGGCCAUCGAUACUGAUAGACUCGUUUUAAAACUCGAGAAUCAAACACUGCAAAUUUUAAACACAAAACCAAAAGACAAUGGAACAAAAAUUAAAUGUUUUGCUUCUAAUACAAUAGGCGAUGGUCAUGCUCAGUUGAUACUUCUUGUACAUCCCUAUCCCACAACAACGCCACGUUCUGUCGUAGCUACGACAAAUUUCUCAGCGUUAAUUCCACCAGCUGAGAGUACAAAAGGUGAGGAAGAAAGGCUGACAUUAGCGAUUAUAUUGUGCAUAGCUACAAUUGGAUGUAUAAUGUUAAUUUUACUACUUACAAUUCCUAUUCUAAUUGUUUACUGUAAUAAGAAAAAAGACAAAGGUGGUAAUUAUAUUUCAAAGCCUGAUUGUUAUUUUGAGCCAAAGGACUGUAGGACUGAGCUGCCAUAUAGCCACACGCCUGCCGGACUGGGCUACACGGAGUGGGGGACAGGACGGUCCGUUUCAACAGAUCACACACAUCGGUACGACGAACCUAUCUAUCAGGAAGUUGAAGAGAAGGAGCCGACACUUCCGGAGGAGUUCCCUAAAUAUUAUUACCCCGAUCCAUAUGAAACACGUUCUUGUUUGCAAACCAAAUAUGAUGAAUUUCCAACAGUUUAUGCGACAAGAUCAAUAAUUAUUUAAUACUUUAUCAUUUAUUUGUAAAUAAGAAAGAAAAAACUUUUAUUAUGAAACUGUAUAAUGUUUGUUGAAUUAGCAUUUUGUUAGGUAUCAUACAGUAAUUAGAAUAUCAAUUAUACAAAUAAUGAUUUUAUAUGAAAAUUAUAUUAAAAUAAAAAAUGAAGAGAUUAUUUUUGUAAACAUUUCAACUCUUUUCAACUAAGAUUUUACCAACUGUAAUUCACCUCACUAAUGUAAUUACAAUAUAAAUAUUAUCAAAUUUGUUAGACCAUUUCGGGAAAAGCCAAGGGAAAGAAAGCGCCUUCAGAGACUAAAAAGAAAUAUGGGAAUUAGAUAAAGAUCAAUAAUGGAUUCCAUACAAAUUAUCCAUGUUAUGGUGGGGCACAGCUUCAUAUGGCAUCUGGGAAUAAAUGCAGGAUGUGUAAAGCCCAUCAAUAUCUUCUUGUGGUAUUUAAAAGCGCUUAAAAGUCCUGGAGCUUCCUGCUCCAGAGGAACCAAAAGAACAGAUGUAAUUGGAGAUACAAGAUUUUUAAAAAUAAGUGGCCUUUCAAACUGGUGUGUCUUUCAAACGUGUCAAUAUUAUUAGCUAGUGAGAACUUGUUUAAUAUUUGUACUUUAUUUCCCAAACUUAAAAAAAAAAAUAUUUCCCUCCUAUUUUUCGAAAAAGGCAGGGCUCAUUUUUUUGCCCUAACAAAGAUGGUCACAGCAAGAACAAAUGGGUUUUUCAAACUUUAAUGUGCGUUUCGCCUUUAAAAAAAAAAAAGAAAAAUGUUUGCAUAAACUCCUGUUCACACCAUUAAGUUCCAAUGUGACAAAUACCUUUGGUUUGCCCAUUGGGGACAUCCAUCAUGCCCAUAUUUAUUAUUAUUAUUAUUAGGCCUAUGUGCUUUAUUCAUAGGGAUGUGAUAUGACAUCACCACGUCUACUUAUGGGCAAAUCACAGAAUUGUCACAAUAAAAUUGAUAGUGUGAUCUGAGCUUUAACAAGCUCUGUCAAGAUUAUUACAUUUUAUGUGACAAAUAGAUGUGAUAUGUCCAUAUUUGACUGCAAUAUGACAUCAUCAUGCUCAUAUGUGGCCACAUCUCACAUAACGUCACAUAAAAUUUGAUAGUGUGGACAGGAGCUAUAAUUUUAAAGCACCAAUUUGACGAAAAAUAUUGGUAUUAAAGCUAGAUAUUAACAGUCAAAUGAUCCCAACAAAACAGAUAAGUACCCAGUAUAUAACAUUAAUCAUAUUAUAAUAUUACUGGUCGAAGUCAGCUUUAUGUAUCCUAUUUGGUCGUACACAGUGGCCUAUCUAGAACUCUUGAAAUGAGGGUACUGAUGGGGGAGAACAAAGGUGAAAUUGAGGGGGGACCUUGAUGAUCAGUUGAGGGGCACUAACUCGUCAAAUAAGGUGGUUUUUGGUGAAUUUCAACUACUUGAGUGAUUUUGGGGGAGGGCCCCGACUGUGGGGGGGAGGGAGAGAUAAGCUACUGGUCGUACAAUUUAGAAUUUUUCUAAAUUGAAAACUCCGACCAGGCAAUCACUAUCACGUUUGUAGUAUCUAUAAAUGUUUCUGCAAUUUAUCAAUGUUAAACAAGUUAGUUCACUCAUUUUUGGGGUCCAAUUUUUAUGUUUAAAAAUACUUAUUUUAAGGAGCAAUUUUCUCAAUCUUUGGUUUGAAAUGCAGUUAUAAUCAUGAUUAUUUUUUUUAAAGUGCAAUAGUGAUUAAAAUGAAACAAAUAUUACUUUAAGUAGUUGUUCCACAUUAUAAUUUAUAAAAUGUAUUUGUAUUUUUAGUUUUUUGUUUCUUAAAAUUCUAUAAAAAUGGUUAAAAUCCCUGUAGGUUAAUAUGAAAUGAUCACUCAGAAGAGAUUACGUCACAAUGUAUUACCUCAAUUGUUUGAUUAGUGUCCUUGUAUAAAUCCAAUAAUUAAAAUCUGCUUAAUUAGAAAAGAUCACAAUUAUGCAGAAGAGAAUGAUUCAUAUCUAAUAACCAAAAAGCAAAUUACAACAUAAAAUUUUCUUUCAUCUCGACUUCAUAACCUAUUUGAUAUAAAAUAUGUACAUGGAGGCAUCUUGGGAGUACUCAAAUAUGCUUGUCAUAAAAAAAUAAGAACUUAGCACUGGUUUAGCUGCUGCAGCUAUAAAAUAAUGGUAGAGAAGCAUAUGAGCAGCUGCUUUUAUGAAGGAAUAGAAGCUUUAUAUUGACAACCUGAGUAUCAUCUCCAAUAAAAUGUUUUAAAAAACAUUAAAUAUGCAUUAAAAUUCCUUGAAUUUCUAAAGCAAAAAGAAUAUUCUUAAUUUAAAAGAAAUUGUUGCAGCUAAUUUGAAAUUAAGUAGACGACCAUUUUUGGCAACAUUGGUAGAAAGAAUCCCAGAUGAUACUAAAUCUGUAUUAAAGCAGAAGAAAAUAUUCUUGCAAGCUCUACAGAGUAAUGUGUACCACAUGAUCAGUUUCCUUUGAUUCAAUGUGAAAUAUAUUUCUAUCAUUUUAUGUAAGGUUUACCAGAAAUAUUUGAUAUGAUAUGAUGCAAUAUUAAUAUAUUGUCAUUCACACAACAUAUUAUAUGAAAUUCGAUGUCUUCAGAGUUAUUGUGGAUCUCCAUUAUUUAAAAAAUGUAGGCCUAUCAUGCGAUGAACAAGACACCAGGAACUGUGUUAACAUGGCAUCAAUGUAGAUUUUCAUUUCAUAGUCACUGUAUUGAUUUUUACGAGACUGUUUCCUUUUUGAGUAAAAUAUUAUAAUGAACAAUAUAAAUACGGUAAUAUAAUUAUGUAUUAUAAUAUGAUAAUAUUACAUAAUAUAUGUAAUAUUAUUUUAUAUUGUUAUGAUAUGUAUAAUAUAUCUAAUAUUUUAUGAAUUUGUAAUAUAUCAUAAAACAUCAUAUUUUCAUUACUUUUUGAGAUAUUCAUAUUUCUCUAUAAAUUCAAAAUUUAACAAGCAAAAUAUUAGAUAUCUACAAUAUGGACAUCCCAGUGGCUUAAGCCCAUUUACCUGCUGGGAAAAGGGGCUUAAGCACUCUUAUGAGACCCAAAAAUGAAAACACCUUCCAUCGGACAGGCCAAAGCCAAGAUGUUGGAGAAAAAAGUGACCAAAAAAAUGCUUUGUUUUUGUCUGGAAAUUUCUUUUGGCAUAAUAAUAAUAAUAAUACAUUCUAGCAUCUCAAAAUACAAAAAAAAAAUAUUAAAAUUUCUUUUGGUGCUGAAAAACAUGUUGAGCCUCUUGUUAGAAACCUUUGCUGUUUAUCCUAUAGCCAUUGCUAUGCUGGGUUUGAUGCCACAUUUUCUAUGAUCUGUAUCCUAUGUACAAGCACAUUAAAUUCAUUCACAUAACACAUCACACUUCACUAUGUUAUUAAUUUCUCAUAAGGUGCUUUAUAUGUAGACGGCUGCUAUAUUUAUGUGCAUUUGGAUUUAUGCUUACAUGUUAGCAAUGUUCUUCAAGCUACACAAAUGGGUUGUCUUUUAUGCUCAAUGAAAAUAUUUUAAAAGAAGAUAAUUGCUAGAAUAUUAAAAUAUCUGAAACACAAAUGAAA